AUGUCGGAGGGCGGUGGUCUAAAACAGCGGCGGAUAGUCGUCCUCAUCUCGGGCUCAGGCACGAACCUGCAGGCUCUCAUCGACGCCCAAAACACCCCCUCACUACCCGCGACCCGCAUCACGCUAGUUCUAUCAAACAGGAAAGCAGCAUAUGGCCUGACACGGGCUUCACAAGCCAACCCUCCUAUACGCACCUCUUACCUUGCUCUCCAACCCUUCCUUAAAGCGAAUCCAGGCAAAACGCGCGAUGACUACGACAUCGAGAUUGCCAGGAUAGUGGUGAGGGAAAAACCCGAUCUCGUCGUCCUGGCUGGCUGGAUGCACAUUAUGGGCGAUGGCUUCCUCGACGUGAUCAACGGAGACCGAUGUCUGGACCCCGAAGAGAAUGUCGCCAAACCCAUUCCAGUGAUCAAUCUCCACCCUGCACUUCCCGAUGCAUUCGACGGCGCGAACGCAAUUGAGCGUGCAUACGAGGCUUUCCAAAAGGGCGAGGUUCCGAAAACUGGAGUUAUGGUGCAUCGAGUGGUGAAAGAGGUUGAUCGCGGGACACCGGUAAUUGUGAGCGAGGUCGAGAUCACAACGGGCGAGCCAAUUGAGGUGUUCGAGGAGCGGCUCCAUAAAGUCGAAUGGGAAAUAAUUGUACAAGCAACGGCGAAGGUGUUGGAUGAAGUAGUCCCUCUGUAUAGGUCAGGAUGA